GAGAAAGACCUCCCUCACAUCCCCUUACUCUUUCUUCCCAUGUACAUUCUUGGCUAGUCUGUAAAGACUUCAUAAUGGUCUUAUCUCAGUUUGUCCCUAAAAAUCUCACUGUCUCUUGAGCUCCUGUGGACAUUCCGACCUGUCCUUUCAGACUCUCUGGUAUCUGAUGAUGAGUAAGGUCCAUCCAAAGCACGGCAUAGUUCACUAGUUUGAGAUCAUGUCAUUUGGAGGGGUCCUAUCUCUCUGAAAAAGAACAAAGAACUUUUUCAUCUUUGUGUUGAGUUUAGCUUCUUUAUUUUUAAACAUAUUCUGAACUGUCUGCAUCAGAUUGGUCACAUGUCCAGAUGAGUCAGAGUUGAAGGCUGAGAUGAUAGGGUAAAAACAGUGGUGUCUCAACAUCGUUGAUAUUCAUUAAUUCAGUUUUAAAUACUAGACUUUUUGUCAGCACUCCUGAAGCGAUUGAAAUAUACCUAAUGGAAUUAAGAAACAAUGCUGGCUAAACCCAAAGUCAUAGCACAGUCAUUUCUACAGUUAUAACAACAUCUCAGAAUGUCCGUAACAGCAUGCCUGUUCAUUGCAUUCUUCCUCAGAGCUGUGUUACCGAGCAGAGCCAUAUGCUGCCCCACCAGCACUAUCUGAUGUAUCAAUAAGACAAAGUCCUCAGAUACUGCCGGACACAGCUUGCCUUUGUUGCUGGCUUGACAAAGCACCAUGUUAUCUGCCUCUUGAACUUCUUACUAGCUCCAAGUCCUAUCUCUUCUAACUCCCGAUCCUCCUCUUGAAUCUCCUGAUAUACUCAGCCUAAUAUUUCAUCAGCCCCCAUCCCCAUAACAGUAUGUACAUGCACCAGUGGCAAAGCCUUACUUCAGGGUCAGCAGACUUUUUCUGAUAGAGCCAGAUAGUAAGUUGUUUGUUUUUGUUUUUGUUUUUGUUUUACUUUGCAGCAUGUAUGGUCCCAAACUUCCAGGGCAACUUGUACAACUAAAGAGAAAAAUUCAUCUUAUCCCACUCAGAAAGAUUUCUCUGUUACUCGCCGUCACUUAAGCCACAAAAGUGCCCUGAUCUGACUGUCAGCAUGAGCAAAAAAUCUGCAUGCUGCAGCACCCUACCUUCUCCAACAGGAAGGGGCAGGCAAAGAUACUUGUUAUUGUUGGACCUCAUUUAACAGUGGAACUAAUACCAAGAACCAGGCAGACAGGAAAAGAACUCGGGAUAAAGAGAUGCAUUCAUUCCACAUAAUGUGAAGCAGUAAUAGAAGAUCUAUAGAAGUUUACAAUAGCCCAAAUGCUGGAUUGUCAAAGUGCUAAAGUACACACACACUUUUCUUGUCUAAUAUUUAAACAAAGAACAUAGUAAAUGUCAGAACUAAGUGCUAGUUAGAAGGCCGAAAGGGGAAGAAUCAUGACAAGUUUCAAAAUUAUUUUACAGGAUGGAAAGAAUAACCACCUAUCUAAAUCUUUUUUUAAGGUUUUAUUUAUUUAUUCAUGAGAGAGAGAGAGAGGCAGAGACAUAGGCAGAGGGAGAAGCAGGCUCCAUGCAGGGAGCCCGAUGUGAAACUCAAUCCCAGGACCCUGGGAUCAUGCCCUGAGCCGAAGGCAGAUGCUCAACCGCUGAGACACCCAGGUGUCCCCACCUAUCUAAAUUAUAUCGGGUGAUGGCCUGUUUUGCAGUGUUGUUGAUAAAAAAAGGCAAUGAGUUCGUGCUAGAUGAUAGAUAACUGAGGAGUUAGAAACCAGUUUUUCUCAUCUGUAAAGACAAAUGGUACAACACUAGGACAACUGAGGGAAGGUAUCAGUAAGAAACAGAGCAGACAAGAAUAAAGAUUCAGAGUGAUCGCUAGUAAAUCGGAUGUGGGGUAUCCUACAAAUUGACAGUGGCCACUCGAAGCACUAACUGCAGCCCAUCUCAGUCCUUAAACCUUACCAACAUACUCUGUUUUCAUCAGCUUAGGAAAUAGAGCAACAGUCAGCAAACAACAGCUGGUGGGCACAAUCCAGCCCGCUGCCUGUUUUGUUAGUAAAGUUUCAUUGAAACGAACUAUGUCCAUUGGUCUAUGUAUUGCCUGUGGCUGCUUUGUCUACAAUGGCAGAGGCAACUACUAAGCAACAGUGAAGCCUUCUAUCCUUUAAAUUUGCAGUUCAGGUUUGAUUUGUAAUAUAGUAUUUCAUAGUUCACAUGAAAAGAACUAUUGAUUGCAAUCUCAUUUAAUCAGGAUUUGUUAUGUGACAUGUCCCCAUAACUUAUAUGAUGCAAUUAACAGCAAAAGGCUAUAACUUUCCUAUGCAGUUGUACUAGUUGGCCUGAAUGUUUGGUGGUCCUAUAUGCCUGACCAUUUCCCUGUCCAUGUCUCAGAUUGUCUUAACUCCUCCACUUAAUCCAUGAUGGUAUUUUCUCUCACAGCGUGUUGUUACAUUAGGAAUCUCCACUGAAGUGUGAGAAUUAUAAGCUUUAUUUUUGGCUCCUCUGUGCAAAUAUACCUAGGAGAUGCUUAGAAGGAACAGAAAGGAGGCUGCAUGAGUUAAAGCUUAACUUUCUUUAUAAGCAUAAGUGAGCAAUCACGGGCCUCUCCCAUGAGCAUAAGGAAGUAAAGAACAGAGUUUUGUAAAGAGCAAAUUGUGUCAGACCAAUUUAAUUUUCUCCUAUGACAGAGUGACAGUCCAAGAUGAUAACAAAGAAGAAAUAGAUAUUAUCUAUAUGGGCUCUAGAAAGGCUUUUGAGUUCAUCCAAUAUGACAUCCUCAUCAAUAAAUGAGAAAGGUCUGGUCCAGAUCAUGCUGCAGUUAGGUGAAAGCCUCCCUUGACAAGAAAGGGUUUGCUGCAAGCAGGAGCUGUAUGUCCUUCUGGAUUCAGCGCCCCCACCUUGGCAUUCUGUUUGGAGGAGCACCAUACUUGAUAGGGAGCCACCAGGAAUACUUGUCAAAACCAGAUGAUAUGUCAAAGCAGGGAUAAGGGUGAGUAUGUCCUUAAAAGUGGUAGAACCAGACCCAAGAAAAAGGAAGAUUAAAUUAAAUCAACAUAUAGCAUAAAAACACUUGGGCCUGAGAAGGAAAGGAAAUGCAAGAUAAGAAUGAUGUCACUGCCACUAUUUCAGGGCACAUGAGGAUCUAGACUCCCAGAAUUCCAGAGCUAAAAGGACCUUACCCAUCCAACUGCCCACCUUCCUCAUUUUACAGAGGCAGCUAGCUGGAGAGAGGGAGUGACAUGCUCAAAGCUACACAGCUGGUUAGUUGCAGUCCUGAGACUAGAACUGCUCGUCAGUAUCCUUUUUACUUCAAACUGUCUCUGUUGACUUUGUAUAUAUAUACAUAUAUAUGGGCUUCUUGAGGCAUCUUUUACAUAUCCUAUCACUCACCCAUUUCAAGCCUACAAUUCAGUGAUUUUUUUUUUUUUUAAUAAAUUUGCCAAGUUCGUGCAACUAUCACCACAGAGCAGCUUAAGAACAUUUCUGACACCCCACUGUGUCUCCUGGUAGCAUUAAGUGUUAGCUCCUGUCACCAGCUGUCUCCUAGCCCUAGGCAACCACAACAGAGUUGUCAGUCCUUUGGUGUGACUCUAGGCCUGGUCUAGAAGAAAGACAUCCUAUCUCUGUGGAUUUGGUUUUUCUGGACGUUUCAGGGAAUGGAAUCAUACAGUAGAUGGUCUCGUGUGUCUGGCUUCUGUCAACGUAGCAUAAUGUUUUUGCAGUUCAUCCAUGCUGUAGCAGGACUUUGUCGUCUUUGAAUGACAAAAAGUACUCCAUUAUAUGAACAUAUUGCAUUUUUUUUUUCAACAAUUGGCGGACACUCAGGUUGUUUCUACUUUGGGGCCAUUAUGAAUAAUGUUGCUAAUAGCAAUCAUGUUUCUCUACUUUUUAAAUUCAGUGACUUUUCCCCCUCGAAUAGAGGCUAAAUUUUCCAUCAGAUGUGUCAUCUUCCUCUACUCUUUUUCCCUGCUGAUCUGGACAGUCAAUUCCCCCAGAUGGCAACCAAAGUUGCUAUUAAUGUUCUGAUAAAUAGCCUCUGGGGAUCCAAUAGUCCAGAGAAGAAAAGGCUUGCUAAUCUAAUAACAGUCUUUUAUUCGAGGAUGGCUUAUGAGAAACUGUUAGCCAAAUGCCCUCCAUCUUCACAGAAAAUAAAUGAGAGGAAUUGGAUUUAAACCUCAGGGAAAACCACUUCAGCUGGGCAUGAGGAGGCGUGUUUUAUAUGGUAGUGGUUGCUAUCAAGUUAAUUUGCAAUAUUAUAAAAACAAAGCCCAUGUAAUUUCCUCUGAGAGAAGCUCUUAUGAAUGGGUUUACAUCUGUCUGAGGCCAGAUGGCCCUGCGAUCCCCUCAAAAGAAGACAAUCCUUUUGUGGCUCUUUCUUCCGUGUGGUGAAGAAAGACAUUUGGCCUUCGGUGUUCACAGAGGCCAUUUCAUUGUGCCCAUGAGACCAGUUAUUGGAGUCAUUGUGUCAUAAAGCCAGUGGUUGGAGAGUUUUACCCAAACCACUGGGUGUGGCAGAAGGAGACAUUUCUCCCAUGCCCUGAACAGAACAGUGUCCCCUGCUACUGCUCUCUCCCUAACAGUAGCUAGAACAAUCGUUAUUCACUUCUAGAAAUUAUACAACUCCCAGCGUAAUUUCACAUCUCAUCUCCUUUUGACUUCCUGUUCGAGCCUGGGUAGUUCCCACUGUGAGACAGAUUGUCACAUGGCGGUUCAAAGCCCCUUCCAGUCCGAGUCUAUUCUGCAGAUUGGCCUCUCUGCUGUCAUGCCCAGCAGUGGACCAUCAUCACAGUGGAUGGUUGCUUAAAGACCACACAUCCUUUAGCUUCUCUGUAUUUUUACUGUGUUGUCCCUUCACAUCCUCCAUCUUUUAGAGAACUCUGGCCUGCACAUCAUCUUCUGUAGGUAAAUCUUCUUGUUGGCAGAAUUCAUCGCACUCCCCUUUUGGGCACUCACAGGGCUUAAUAAUGCAGUACACUACCUUUCCUCAGUAGCUUGCCUUCCCUGAGUUUUUCUUUCUUUAUCACAAAUACUUUGUCUUUCAGAGGAAUUCUAUGAAACUUAAAUACCAAAGAAUGCUGCACACAAAUGUCAUAUUUGGUAUUAAGUAAAAAUGUGAAUAUAGAUGUCAGGUUAUAAUUACAAUUAGUUUUUGGUGGGUGUCCUCCCUCAAUCCUUAAGUGCAGCAAUCUUGAUGUAUUCACCUUUGUCUCCUAAAUACUGAAUCCAAGUCCUGAUACCUAACUAGUGAGAUUGAAUCAUUAUGAAGUAGGCAGAGAGAUAGUAUUACCAUCAUUUGGCAGAUUUGAAGUUGAUUUCCAAAAUGCUAAGUGAUAUAAUGACUUAGUGGUUAUGUCUUGGCCGCCUUUUCCUGAGUUCACCAGCAGAACUUCCAGAAACCUCUGAAAGACUGGUAUCUUGUCUCUCUAUCUAGUAUCACAGGUUGGGUUGGUUUCUCAAAGUAUUGUUUGAGACUACUUGUCAUAGACUGACUUCUGCAGAUACUUAUUUAAAAAUAUAAAAUCAAACCUCACAAAUGUAAUUUUGAGCCAAAAAAAACCCCACAAAAUCAGAAAUGGAGAACAGUACUUCCAAUUUUACAGAAGUAAAAUUAUAUAAGAGAGUACUAUGAGCAACUGUAUGUAUCAUGAAUCAUUAGGGAAAUGCAAAUAAAAACCACGAUGAGAUUAUUACCACCUCAUGCCCAUUAGGAUGAUCUCUGUCAGGAAGGAAGAAAAGAAGAAAGGAAGGAGAAGGGGAGGAAAGGGGGAGGAGGGAAAGAAGGAGUGUUGACCAGGCUGUGGAAAAAUUGGAACCCUUGUGCACUGUUGGUACAAAUAUAAAAUGGUAUAUCUACUGUGGAAAACAGUAUGGUAGUUCUUCAAAAAAUUAAAAACCAAAUUAAUAUUUAAUCGGAUAGUUCUGCAUCUGGGUAUACAUCCAAAAGAAUUGAAAGUAGGGAUGUGAAGAAAUAUGUGUAUGCCCAUGUUCAUAGCAUUAUUCACAGAAGCCGAGAGACAGAAGCAACCUAAGCAUCCACCAGCAGAUAAGUGGAUAAGCAAAAUGUGUCUUAUACGUGCAGUGGAAUAUUAUUCAGCUUUAAAAAAGGAAAUAAAUCCUGACACCUGCUACAACACGACUGAGCCUUGAACACAUCAUGCUAGGUGAAAUAAGCUGGUCACAAAAGGACAAGUCCUCUGUGAUUCCACUUAUGUGAUGUCCCUGGAGCAGUCAGAUUCACAGAGAUGGAAAGUGGAGUGGUGGUUGCCAGGGCCUCGCAAGAGGAGGGAAUGAGGAGUUACUGUUUAAUGGGGACAGAGCUUCCAUUUGGGAAGAUGAAAAAGUUUCUGGGCAUAGAUGGUGGUGAUGAUCGCACGAUAAUGUGAGUGAAUCUAAUGCCACUGAACCGAACUCUUAAAAAUAGUUCUGAUGGUAAAUUCUAUAUCAUGUGUAUUUUACCACAGUUUUUAGAAAUUCAAUUCAAAUUUUAAAAACAAGACACAAAGAAAUAUAUACUGUAUGAUUUCGUUUAUUUACAGCACAGCCAUCAGUUGAUAGUGUUCGAUGUCAAGAUAAUGGUUACCCUUGGGAGGGAAGAGUAACUAGAAAGCAGGAAGAGCUUCUAGGAUAUGCUAAUAUUCUCUCUCUUGAUCUGGCUGUUAUGACAUGGGUGUGUAUAGUUUGUGAACCUCUCUGCACUCUACAGUUGUGAUUUGUGCAGUUUUCUCUGUGCCUGUUACACUCCAAAAAAUGAUUCCAAAAAUGUCGAUCAUCAGCCUGACAGCAGACUACAGAAUCAGAAUCCCUGAGGAUGGGACCUGGGGACCCUGCAUCUUAAAACCCUCCCUUCCAAGUUUUUCGUAAGAGCAUUGGAUUUGGGGAUUUUUGCUAAAAGAGAGGGACUAGGGAAAUAGUCUCCCAAUGCCCAAGAAUUCCAUUCUGCUCUAACAAUAAAUAUUCCUUAGAAAAGAAAUUCUUGAUAUCUUUGAGUCAUUUAGCUUCUCCUGUUAGGAAAAUGCAUAUCAUCUUUCAGGUAUGGAGAAAUCAGUGAUAUAUAGAAAUGAGUAUUUUAAUAAAUUACAUUUUAAAAUAUUAUUUCUUAUAAUUCAUCAUAUACACAGUAGCUUAUGAAUAUUUUAUUGAGGCCCUCUAAAAGCUGGCAGGUGCUAGGACCUCAUGGAAGUCCUACUCCUUUAGUAGGAGGGAAGACAUUGCACCAUGGGGCGUGGCACCAUGCAAGCAGGUACAGAAAAGCCAGUUCUUCUACCUCUAAGCUAAUGAGACUCCAUCUCAGCUCUCUCCACACCAUCUCCAAAACAUCAGCAGCUUCUACACUUGCUCCUUAAACCAAAAGCAUGUUUCUUGCAAAGGCUUUAUUGGAAGGGGCAGAUCGAGGCCUUGGAGAAGCCCUUGGAGGCCUUCUUGGAGGAGGUGGUCAGAGAAGAGGAGGAGGAGGAGGAGGAAGAAAUAUUGGAGGGAUAGUUGGAGGAAUUGUGAAUUUCAUCAGUGAGGCUGCAGCAGCUCAGUACACCCCGGAACCACCUCCCACUCAGCAGCAUUUCACCAAUGUGGAGGCCAACGAAAGUGAGGAAGUUCGUCGGUUUCGGCAACAGUUUGCACAGCUGGCAGGACCGGACAUGGAGGUGGGUGCCACUGACCUGAUGAAUAUUCUCAACAAAGUCCUUUCUAAACACAAGGAUCUGAAGACUGAUGGCUUUAGUCUUGACACCUGCCGGAGCAUUGUGUCUGUAAUGGACAGUGACACGACCGGCAAGCUGGGCUUCGAAGAAUUUAAGUACCUCUGGAACAACAUCAAGAAAUGGCAGUGCGUUUAUAAGCAGUAUGACAGGGACCGCUCUGGGUCCCUAGGAAGUUCUCAGCUGCGCGCGGCUCUGCAGGCAGCCGGGUUCCAGCUGAACGAGCAACUUUACCAAAUGAUCAUCCGCCGAUUCGCCGAUGAGGAUGGAAGCAUGGAUUUCAACAAUUUCAUCAGCUGCCUGGUCCGCCUGGAUGCCAUGUUCCGUGUCUUCAAAUCCCUGGAUAGAGAUGCAGAUGGCCUAGUUCAAGUGUCCAUCCAAGAAUGGCUGCAGCUGACCAUGUACUCCUGAAGUGGGUGCCGAGAAGCCAGCGCCCACCCCGAGGACGGGACUCCUGAAAGCCCAGCCAUGCUGUCCUGGAGCUGUCGUUUCCUGUGAGCUCCUACACCAGCUUGCAUGCAUCGAACUGGGGCUGUCCUUUACCGCUUAAUUAAAACAGAUAUUUUUUAUGAAAAACAGAUAUUUUUUAUGAAAAAUAUUCCGGGUGGUUUGUAUGUCAGGUUUUUGAGAUACUGAAUGUAUAUGAUGGGGCGGGGGAACGUGGGGCAGAGCCCCAGUCGAGUAGAUUUUAAUAGAGCAUUGCUUAUUUGGUGAGUGAAUUCCAAGGAGCAGGAAAUUUGUUGUUACUGAGAAUGAAAUUUUGAAAAAAUCUUGGAAUAAAUCAAGAAAGCCCUCAA